ACAGAGAGCCAGUUAUAAACAAAUUAGAAAUAUACACGAAAGCAAUUCCAUUUAGUUUUAAGAAAAAUACAAAAUAAACCCAUAUUAAUAUCAGGGAAUAUGUCUAUAGCGUUGUUGUUGGAGAAGUAUGACGUUUCCACAGAAGAAGGGCUUCAAAAAGCUCUCAAUGAUAUCGAAAAAGAAGAGUCAGAGGUAAAUGAGGCUCUAUCAAAUGCGUUAUCAAAAGCAUGCGUACUGGAAGGAAGAUUGCGGUCAGCAAGCCAAGCUUACACGAAACUGGGCGAAGUGAAGAGCGAUGCUCAAGUAGCCGCCGAUAUGGUGAACAAAACUGCAGCAUUGGCAAGAGAUGUUAGCGCUAAAGUCCGGCAACUUGAUCUUGCUAGAUCCCGAGUAGCUGAAUGUCAACAAAGAGUUCAUGAUUUGAUAGAUCUAAAAGUGUGCAGUGCUGGUGUAGACGCCGCAAUAAAAGCACAUGAUUAUGAAACUGCGGCAGGCCACAUAUCCCGUUUCCUCAGUAUGGAGCCGGCAUCAGUCGCGGCGGCACGCGCACGCGGCGAUACUGACCCGCGACACGACAUCACGGCAGCUGCGAAUACACUGCGAGAGCAUCUUAUUAAGAAGUUUGAAGAAGCAUCGAAAAAAGAGGAUGAUGCAGCUGUAGAGAGACUGUUCAAACUGUUCCCACAGAUUGGUUGUGCAGAGCAGGGUGUCGAUUUGUUGUCCAAGUAUGUAGCUUCACAGUUGGAGACUACAAUUCGGCGUGCUUGCGUGGUAUCGAGCGGGGGCGGGGCGGAAGCUGCGCACGCGGACGCGCUGACCCGUGUGCUGGAGGCGGGCGCGGGGGCGGUGGAGCGUGUGCGCGCGCUCGCUGCGCCCGCGCCGCACACGCUGCCGCGGGCGCUGGCCACGCUGCAGCCGCCGAUAAGCUCCGGAGCGCGCACAGUGUGCCGCUCCCUUGUGGCCCGGCGCAGUGACGCGGCCACCGCACGUGACGCAGAGCCCGCGCUGCACGAACUUGCGCUUGCGCAUUCGAGACUGCAUUUGUAUUUUGUGUUCCUGAGACGUAGAUUGGAGUUAAACACAAACAUGGACGAGAAGACGAAGAGCGCUUGCGCAGAGGAGAUUGAGAAGAUAAUCUCGGAAAGCGACAUGACCAGAACUGCGCAGGACAUCUUGGGACAGUACUUGUCACUUGAAAGGUUCUAUUUAGAAGAAAGCGUCAACAAAGCGUUGAAAUUGUCAACUCCUCAACCCGGUAUGACAACGUCUAGUUUGGUAGAUGAUGUGUUCUUUAUUGCUAGGAAAGUUAUAAGACGGGGCGUGUCGACGGGCAGCGUGGAGGGCGUGUGCUGCGUGGUGAACGAGGCGGGCGCGCAGCUGGCCCGCGCGGCGGGGGCGCUGCGCCGCAGGCUGGGCGCGCCGCCGCCCGACGCGCUGCCGCUGCCGCCGCCCCGCGCGCCCCCACACCCGCCCGCACCGCCCUGUCGGGAUGCGGACGCGCAGGCUAAUCUCUACUUUGCGCACAUGACAGAAGCGGAGCAGGGCGCGGAGUGGUCGGAACGCAUCGCCACCGAAGCGUGCGAGUGGGCGGACGCGCUGUGCCGCACGGACAGCGAGAGGGAUAAAGUACGAUCCUGUGCCGCCGGGUUUGCUGAUGCUGCAGCAGCUUUCCGCAGCGUGUCGCACAUGGGGCUGGCUGCGUUACGUGCAGCAUUGCAGCCCGCAGUAGCUGCUUGGGCUGAUUAUGUGGUGGCGCCUGACUUGGAUAUAGAGGAGGUGGAGGAGCAAGCAGGCGCGGUGGCGAGUGCGCUGGACACGCUGGCGAGCGGCGCGCGAGCACGGCUCGGCGCGCAGGCCGACGCGCUGCUCGCUGAUCUGCUCGGCGACUUGAUUGCGCGGGCGCAUAAGAAGAUCUUGACUAAUACUUAUGAUCAGGAAGGCGGUAUAUGCGUGGAGCGUCGCGCGCGGCGUCUUGCUGCGUGGGCCGGGGCCGAAGCGGGGGCAGCGCGGGAGAAGGCCGCGCGGCUGACGCACGCCGCGGCGCUGCUCGCGCUGGACGCGCCGCAGCACGCCGCCGCGCUGCCGCACAGCGCGCGCCCGCCCACCGCGCUCGCCGCCGACCUGCUGGCGCGCCGAUUGGACUUCAAGCUGGAAGACAUAAAACGUAUAAAAUGGUAACCUGCCAUUUCUUACAAGAUGCAGUAUAAUAUCCUUAUUCCAUUAUAUAAUUAUAAUUUAUAUUCUUAACUUUAUAAAUAAAUAUAUUUAACGUUG